AUGGUUCACGAUUUUGACGCAAGUCUCACGUUCUACUCGGUUGAAAGACCAUUCAACUGUUCGAAAGAAAUAUCAAUGCUGCUUAUGCGUGAGUUCACGUUUUUCUUUUUUUCUAAUUUCAAUUUUAAAGUGUCCAGUGUUAUUUACCAGUUCCUAUGCAGUCACAGUUUAUCUGCUUUCAAUUCAAUUUAUCUACAGAUAUCUUGCUUUGUUCAAUGAAAAUGUUUUAUUUUUAUUUUCCGGUUUCUAUAAUAUAAUCUGGUUCAUACUUGGUGGAUUUGUUAUGUUCCUCUGGGGUUUUUCUAUUUAUUAUCAUGGAGAUCGGAAUCAAUAUUCCUUUUUAUAUUUAUCAAAGGAAUUUUCGGAUUCUUAUAAUUUGACAAUUUCUGACAUUCCCUAUUUCAGUGCUAUAAUUUAUGUGAGUUUUCAACGACUAAAAAUAAUAAUUUAUUACUCGAAAUUCAGGAACGAGAUAAUUCAAUUCAUUGGAAUGGUGUUAAGAUGAUGGGAAGUCUUGCAAUUAUUGUCUCAAUUCUGUAUGGAAUAAUAGUAUUCUGUGGAAUUGUGAUUCAAUUGAAAAUACCAGAACAACUCAAUACAUUCUCGGAAAAAAACCGAGUGGUUCAGAAACAAUUGUUCACAGUCCUUGUUGCUCAGGUGAAGGAAAGCUUAAUUUGAAAUAAUAUAUUUUGAAUAGUUUUCAGAUAUCUGUUCCAACGUUAAUAAUAUUUCUCCCAGUGAUGACAAUGUAUAUUAUUCCCUUUUUAAAUAUCAAAAUCAGUUUCCCAGCAUCUAUAAUUGUAUGUUUGUUAUCUGUUUAUCCCGCCGUCGAUAGUAUUAUUGUUAUGUUCAUUUUGUCUGACUACAGAAAAGCUGUCAAAAGUUUGUAUAUAACACAAUCCAAUGAACAUGUUAGAUAUUUUCAGAAAUAUACUAUCGCUGUACUUGUCAACGGAAUCGUAUUUAUAAUAUAUCAUCAAACGGUCAACCCACGUAA